CUAGAAAAGAAAUGGACCAAUGGAUCCUACGGCCUAUCACUAAGUACUCCGUCGGCCCAUGUCAGUUAAAGCCCAUAAUUUAAAGUGGACACAUCGUGGAGUUGGAGAUCAGACAUUCAUCGCCGCCGGAAAAACCAUGCCUACCGUAAGCUUAGGCAGAGAUCGCCUCUUCGAAGCCCUCGGCCGCACCUACACUGAAGAAGAGUUUGAAGAUUUGUGCUUCAAAUUCGGCAUUGAGCUUGAUGAUGUGACGACUGAGAAGGCAAUCAUCCGGAAAGAGAAGCAUUUGGAAGAAGAAGAACCGUCUGAUGAUGAGGAAGUCAUAUACAAGAUUGAAGUUCCAGCCAAUAGAUAUGAUCUGCUUUGUCUUGAGGGCUUGGCCCAAGCUCUCCGCAUAUUUAAUGGACUUGACACGAUACCGAGAUAUACUUUGGCGUCCAUUAGCAAAGAAUCCAUGCUCAAAAUGCAUGUCAAACCGGAGACGUCGAGGAUUCGUCCAUAUGUUGUAUGUGCUGUUUUAAGAGGUGUUACAUUUGACGAAGCUCGAUAUAAUAGCUUUAUUGAUCUUCAAGAUCGGCUUCAUCAGAAUAUCUGCAGGCGAAGAACCCUUGUUGCUAUUGGCACGCAUGACUUGGAUACAAUAGAAGGUCCUUUCACGUAUGAGGCUUUGUCUCCCCAAGAAAUAAGCUUUGUCCCACUGAAACAGGCAAAGAGCUUCAGAGCUGAUGAGCUAAUGGAAUUUUACAAAUCGGAUCUGAAGCUGAAGAAAUUCUUGCAUAUCAUUGAGAAUUCACCAGUGUUCCCUAUAAUAUAUGAUAGUAAAAGAACUGUUCUAUCUCUGCCUCCAAUUAUUAAUGGUGCACAUUCCGCCAUUUCACUGAAGACAAAGAAUGUGUUCAUUGAAUGCACAGCCACUGAUUUAACGAAAGCAAACAUUGUUCUGAACACAGUGGUUACGAUGUUUUCAAUCUAUUGUGAAAGGAAAUUCGAGGUUGAGCCAGUUGAAGUUAUAUACCCAGAUGGAAAAUCAGUCAUUUGCCCCGAUCUUUCACUUUACCAAAUGGUUGUGCCCUUAUCAUACAUUACCAGUGCAGUUGGAGUCUCCUUGCCAGCCCAAGAGGUGGCUAGCUUGCUGAACAAAAUGCAGCUACAUGCAAAGCAGUUUCUAUCGGAAAAGAAUGAAACCAGCUUCACCGUAUCAGUUCCUCCCACAAGGAGUGACAUUCUUCACCCUUGUGAUGUGGCUGAGGAUGUCGCAAUUGCUUAUGGAUACAACGAAAUUCAGAAAAUAAAACUGCCAUCUUUGAAGCCACAGUCGUUGAAUCAGUUCAGUGAUCUUAUUCGAGCAGAGAUUGCAAUGGUUGGUUACACUGAGGUGCUAACGUGGAUAUUGUGCUCAUACAAAGAAAAUUUCACCAUGCUCAACAGAAAUGAUGACAAGUCGACUGCAGCAAUAAAUGGAAAUCCCCGUUCUGCUGACUUUGAGGUUGUCCGAACCAGCCUGAUGCCCGGAAUAUUAAAAACUGUGAGUCAGAACAAAGACCAUCCUAAACCAAUUAAGAUAUUUGAAGUGGGCGAUGUUGUACUAUUAGACGAGACAAAAGAUGUUGGGGCUUCAAACCGCCGCCAUCUGGCGGCUUUAUAUUGCGGAGCUACCUCAGGGUUUGAGUUGAUACACGGUCUUGUGGACAGAAUCAUGGAAGUUACGGGAACUCCUUUUGUAUCACCUGGAGAUAAUACUGGCUAUUACAUCCAACUUUCAAAAGAGCCUGAGUUUCUGCCUGGUAGACAAGCAAGCAUCCUUUACAAAGGAAAGCAAAUCGGCACUUUUGGAAUCGUGCACCCGCAGGUGUUGCAGAAAUUUGAGAUUCCAGAUCCGUGCUCCUUUGUUGAAAUGAACAUUGAGAGCUUUUUAUAGAACAAACUCCUGUUUUGUAGACUAUUUCAGAAGAUAUAUCAUUAGCUUUUUCUUUUUUGUUGUAUUUUUAUUGUGAAAUUAUUUUACUGAAAUUUCUUGGUUUGUAUUACGGAUUGCAAUGCAAGAGCUCAGAUGGGUUGUUGAGGGUAUAGUGCGAGUUGAUUAUAGACUGGUUUGAAUAUCUUUAACUACAUUUUCAGUCCCACCGAUUUGAUUACCAAUUAGUUUCUUUAGCCAUA